AUGAUGAAUAAAAUUGCAUUACAAUUGUUAAAGAAUAGGUUUACUAAUCUAGCAUUAAAUGAAUAAAUAAAGUAUAAUUAUUAGAAAAAUAAGAUUUCUCUUUUCAAGGCUCAUCAAAACAGACAAAUAUAAGAUAGAGACUAUGAAAAUUAGCAAAUAAAAUUAAAUAAUGAUGUAUCUAAAAUUGAUCCAUACAGCAAUUCUUUGAGCUAAACAGAAAUACAAAAUUUUGAUAUUUACUAUGGUAGGUUUGAGACCGUUGUGUGUUAGGGAUAAGGUUUAAAUAGAAAACUUGUAAAAUCCCUUAAAAAAUAUGAUGUGGAUUUGAUUUUGAGGUAGAAGUUAAGAGAAGAUUAUGACACAAUCAUUAAUUUUAUCAAAGAAAGAAACACUAAAAUGAAAGCAAGCGAAUAUGUUUAUAUUUUUUAAUACUUUUACAAAUACAAAGAGAAAUUCAUGCAGUUUUUAUAAGAUCAUAUGGAUUUAUUUGACAUUAUUAUUAAAGGUUUGACUAAUGUAAAUAUUUAUUCAGCUGUUGAGUUUGUUAAAUUGCAAAAACUUGUUUAUUUGUUUGAUAUUCAAGACGAGGCAGUUUGGAAGAAUUUUUUGGUGAAAGGAAAUCUUUUAUUUUCAAACUCAGCAGAAUUAGAACAUGUUUACGAUAGCUUGCUUUAGGUUUUUAAAAUUUUUCUCAGUUAUGAAUUUAAAGAUCUCAACUCAUAAAGUAUCCUCAUAUAAAUUAAGAAAAAGCUUUUAAGAGGAUUAAAUUAAAUGGAUCUCACUGAUUGUAUAGAAUUAAUUUCCAUAAUUGCUGAAAAAAGUAUAUUUAUCGAUCCCGUUCAAAUAAGAUAAUUUGAAGAAAGAUUCGUAUUAAACAAAGAAGUUUUGUAUCUUGAAUAAUUUGCCAUUAUUUUUGAUUCUAUGGGAAAGCUUCAAUAUCAGCCUCUAGAAUUUGCUGAAUACUUCUUGAAAUUUAAAUUGUCUAAAAUAAAUGAAAUAAUGCCCACAGUUAUAUCAAAAACCUCUCAAACACAAGCAAUUAUUGUACAAAACCCUGAAACUUAAAGUAAAGAAAGCUUAGAUAAUCAAUUUAAUAGCAUGUAAAUUUCUAACCAAGAAAAAGGAGAUAUCCUCAACUUUGAUAUUUUUACUCUAUUUGUCAGAGGUUUCUCUCAAAUAAGUCUCUUUUCUGAUAAUAAAGAUGUUUGGGAACAAAUGGAAAACUGCUUUUAGAAUUUUGUUGAAAAGUAUAGCAAAAACGGCGAGUUAGACUAAAUAAUAACAAGAGAUUAAUUGGGGAUAAUUAUUGGAUCCUUCGAUAAAACUUAACUUGGUACUGAGAAAAUUUGGUAGCUCCUAUCUAAUAGGAAUGAAUUUGAAUUAUCAUAUGACUAAAAUUAUAUUAUUUUGAAGAAUUUAGUCAGGUUCAAUGUUUUUAAUCUUAAACAACUUAAUUUAGCUCUCAGUUACAUCCUUGAUGAUAAAACUGAUUUACCAAAAUUCGAAAAUGUUCUAGCAAAGGAGAGUGCCUAAAAGAUUUUAGAAAAAAUAUAAGUGUAUGCUUUAGUAAUUUAUAAAUAUAUAGAAGAGGCAGAGAUAGGUGGCUCUACUCACUAAAACGAGUUAGAAUUUUAGAAACAUUGCAUGAAACUUUUAUUAAAAGAAUCAGUUAAUUGCUUAAUCAAAAGUUAGGAUAAAAAGUGGAAAAAUUUAUCUGAAAAUGAAUAAAUCAAGCUUUACGGCUUAUUACAUUUGUGUGAAUAUAAAAGCUAAUUUUAGGUAACUCAGGAAAUAGCUACUCUAGAGAGAAAGAUUUCUAAAGAUCGUAAAACAUUUAGUGUAUCACAGGUUUGUUUCCUCACCCUAAUGUAAGAGUGUUUUGCUUCAGAAGAAUAGUUUUCAAAAUGGAACAAUUUUAUAUUUAAAUGCAUAGAAAAUGCAAGUCAGUUAGAAUUCUCAGCUUAUCUUGCUACUUUUUACAUAUACGGACUAACUGAUCCUUACUUAUGGGGACUCUUACAAAUAAAAUAUAUUGAAAACAUAGAACUGUACUAAGUAGACGAUUUACUUUCUUUCAUGCUAGUUUUUUGCCAAAAGCAAGAUAUCGAUGAAGAAAUUUGGUAGUUGUUUAUUGAAGUAUUGAAAAUUAAAUCAAUUAAAUAACAUUUAGAUUCUCUUAAAUUGUUUUCUGAAUAAAUAAAAAAUCCAGAGUAAAAGCAAUCUAUUUUAGAUAUAAUAAGUAGUAUUGAAAAUUCUACCAAUAAAGAGUUAGAUGAAUAUGUCGAAGAGCUAAACUAUUUGCCACAGCUUAAUCUUCCUUUAAAAAAAAUAUUAGCAAAAGAAGAUCCCUUAAGUGUUUAUAAAGCUUCAAGUAUAAAACAUGUUAUAAGUUUAAUAAAUUGA